AUGGAUGAAGACGAAACCAUUUAUCAAUCAAUUAAUAAUGGUGGAGCAUCAUCAGCUAUAAAUCCCACCGAGGCUUCUUUAGCGGAUUAUAUCACAAAAAAAAAUAAAUUAAAAUCAAUCAAAGAAAAUCAACGUAAAAAAUCAUAUUAUUUAUCAACAUGGAUAUUUUUAAAAAUGAUUUCAAUUAUUACAUUUAUUGCUUUAUUUUCAGCAUUUAUUCAAAUAAGAGGUUUGGUUGGGGAUGAUGGAAUUUUACCAGUUAGCAAAGUUUUAGAAUCAAAAAUUGCAACUAAUGAAAUUAACUCAAUUUGGAUAUUUUUUACUCACCCAAGCAAAGGCAUGGGAUUUAGUGUUAAUAAUACAUUACAUAUGUUAUGUUUUAUUGGUUUAACAUUCAGUGCAUUAUCAAUUUUUACAACUACAAUUGCAACCUAUAUUGGUUUAAUGUGGUUCUGUUAUUAUUGUAUUGUAGAUGUUGGCCAACUAUUCUUUGCCUAUCAGUGGGACCAAUUAUUAUUAGAAACUUUAUUUUUAACUAUAUUUUUAUCACCUUUCAAUCCAAAGUAUGAAGAAAAACCCUCAACUCCUAUUAGAUAUUUAUUGAAAUGGUUGUUAUUUAGAUUAGUGUUUGGUAGCGGUUUAGUAAAAUUAACUCCAAUUUGGGCAGGUCUUCAAGCAAUGAACUAUCACUACGAAACACAAUGCAUACCCAAUGUUUUUAGUUGGUAUUUAAAUCAACUACCACCAGUUUUUCACCAAUUCGAGUCUAUGAUGGUUUUAGCUAUUGAAAUAUUAUUACCAGCAUUAUAUUUUGCACCAAGAUCAUUUAGAUUGUUUUCAAGUUUUACAACAGUAAUAUUUCAAAUGGUAAUAUUUUUAACUGGGAAUUACAAUUUUUUCAAUUAUCUUACAAUUGGGCUAUGUGCAUUACUAUUGGACGAUGCAUUUUUAUUACAGCUACCAAUGCCAGAAAAGAUUAGGAUCAAGUUGUUAGAAAUCGAAUCACGCCGUUUCAAAGACAUACAAUUAAAUAGACAAUCAUCGAGAAGUGAAAGUGGUUUAUCAAGCUUAGAUCCUAAAAACCUAUUGGUACCAUUUGUCUUUAUCUUAAUUGGUACAUCUUCACUGAUAAACGUUUCCCAGUACUUUCAAAAACACACUGCACCACUUUUAAUCCAGAGAAUACAUUCAGCUCUUUCGCUAUAUCAUCUAACUGGUACCUAUGGAUUGUUUAGUCACGUCACAACUGAACGUUAUGAAAUUAUAAUUGAGGGAUCCUAUGAUCAAGUAGAGUGGAGUCCAUACGAAUUUUACUAUAAACCCGGUAAUCUUUCAAGACACCCACCAUUUGUUUUCCCAGGGCACCAACCUCGUCUAGAUUGGCAAAUGUGGUUUGCUGCUUUAUCAAAAGAUUCAAAUUCGCAACCAUGGUUAAUCCAUUUCAUGGCAAAGCUUUUAGAAGGUUCACCAGAGGUUCUAAGUUUGGUAGAGUAUUCACCUUUCCCUGUUGAUAAACCACCAUCAUUUGUUAGAGCACAAAAAUAUAGAUAUCAGUUUACGUAUUUUUCAUUAAUACACCAAAAAAACCUAAAUCUUAAUCAAAACCCAAAUCAAAAUAAAGAUCAAAAUAAGGAACACAAAUCAAUAAAUAAUAAUAAUAAAAAACAAGAUGAUAAUCAAGAGGAUAAUAAUAACCAAAAUAAUAUUAAACUGGAUAAUAGCAAACUUAAGAAAGAAUCAACAACCAAACAAGUUGUUAUAAGCGAAAAUGAUUGGUGGCAAAGAGACUUUGUUGGACCAUUUGUAAAGCCAUUUUCAUUAAAAUCAAGAUUUUAUUUAAACUUCUUAUCGAAUGAAAAAAAUCUUAAAAGUGAUAAUAACAAUAAUAAUAACGAUAAUAAUAAUGAUAAUAAUAAUAAUAACAAUAAUAAAUAA